UUUUACUACGUACUUCAUUACCGGCCUAACGAUGGACGUCCAGACAGCUCGUGUCCGAUUCUCAAAAUGUCCAAUACCGUGGCCAUCUUCUCGAUAUUCACCGGCCUGGCCACGGUAGCUGUUGCGCUGAGACUGAUUACAAGGUUGCGGGUGGUGAGGACGGCAGGAUGGGACGAUUGGUUGAUUGUGCUUGCGUUGCUGACGGACUAUGUCUUCUUCGCUUUUGCGAUACUCGAAACACACUACGGCCUAGGAACCUCCCGAAACGACCUCACCCAGUCCCAAAUAACCCACCAACUCAAAGCCUUCUACAUCACAAUCCCCUUCUACAACCUAACUCUCAGCUUCACCAAGAUCUCCAUGCUAGUCCUCUACCUCCGCCUCCUCCCCAUGAUGAGCAAGUACCGCCUCACCGUGACAAUUAGUCUCUGUGUGAUCCCGCUCAUCGCGCUCUGGCUGGUGCUUAGCUCGUUUAUGUUUUGCAUUCCUGUGUCGGAUUUCUGGAGCCCAGUUUCGCAGCAGAGAUGCCUGCCGAAGGAGGUUUGGUUCCUCAAUGCCGCAUUGCAGAUUGCGACGGAUAUGUGGACUGUUUUCUUGCCGAUGCCGGUGUUGGCGAGGUUGAAGUUGCCACGACGGCAGAAGGUUGCUGUUGUGUUGGUUUUUGGGUUGGGGAUAUUCGUCUGCAUAGUUAGCAUCGUUCGCAUCUCCGCACUCACCGAACUCACCUCCCACAACGACGACACGCGCUACAACUCACCCGCCGCAAUCUGGUCCUCCAUCGAAGCAAACGUCGCCAUUAUAUGCUCUAGUCUCCCGCCCCUUCGUCCCUUGAUCGUGCGUCUCCUCCCGUCGUCGCUUCGUACGUCCAGCGCUUCUGAGCAGGAACGGCCCGUCCGUCCGUACUCGUCCUUCGGUACUCGUCCUUCGUGGGGAAUAAUAACUUCUUGCAUUUCGGGGAUGGGGGUGCGGGGUAUGAGGCUAGUGUUACUGCGGCGUCGGGGAGGACUGAUUUGCAGCAUCGGGGGUCGAGCUUGGAGCCGAGCUUGGAGAUGAGUCGUGCGCAGAGUCACGAAGGACAAAGUCAGAAGGAGGACGGGGUGGGUUCUGCUACUACCGGUGAUACGGAUAGUGGGAUACAGGUGGUGAAGGAGUUACGGCUGGAUUCGAAUCUAAGGCGUUCUAAGGAGGCGGCGUAAAUGGACCUGCGUUUAUGGUUCUGUUGUAUGUUCGGAUACCAGUGUUUUAUGGAAAUAGAGUAUAUAGAUGUGUAUGGAUUUUGUUUGGAUUCAGAGAGAGAUACAAUUGCAUGCCCCUGACGACUC